AUGCCUUGCCCUGAUCUACUAGAUAUUCCUUUUACUGCUAUUUCCUUCCCUUCUUUUAGGUUAAUUGGCUCAAUAGUUGGAUUCUCUGGUGCAGCAUUGGGUAGUGUGGGAGGUGUUGGGGGUGGAGGCAAUGCUUGCCUUGAUCAUUGGUUUGAUCCCAAGUCUUCCACUGCCAUUUCUAAGUGUAUGAUAAUGGGUGCUGCAGCCAAUGCUCAUGCUGGGCAUCAGCAUAGGGGUUGCCUUCAACGUCAUGUUCGCCAACUGGAUGGUCACAGUUCUACUUAUCAUUCUCUUCUGAGUUACAGCAGCAAAAGCUUUAAUGAAGGGCAUAGAAACAUGGAAGAAAGAGACAAUGAUGAAGAAGGAAGCAGAAAAGCAGUUGGAAUCAGAGUCCAAACCUUUCGAUUCUUGAGAUUGAACUACUGCAUCUGCGAAGAAGAACGAAUCUAUGAUGUAGAUGGUUGGCUUGCUGCAUGGAAGUUUUGUAGCAAGUUUGGUACUCUAGAAAAUGAGUUGAGAGUCCUACAUACAUUUCUAUUUACAUCAAAUGGGGAAGGUCCCAAUGUGAUUGCUAUUUCAUCUGUUGCUAUUGGUUCUAUUUCGUUGAUCAUUGGGGAGUUAGGUCGAAGGCGCAGCCGAGUGAGUUUGUUGAAAGUUUACAUUGUUGCAUCAUCUAUUGGAAUACUUCUCUCCAUUGCUUGUGUUGCUAUAGGAAAUUUAACAUUAGAGGUUUUCCAAAAUCCAAGUAACUGGGAAACAAAGAAGUUCGAACUUCUCGAGGCCACCCGCACUGCAAUUGGUGAGUAUCUGUGCUUUCUUGAUGUGAUGCUACUACAACCAAAGUUGGGUAAAGAGUAA